GUUGGGCAGACCUACAAGGGACUUUCCGAUGCAGAGCUAUAAAUAAUUGGUUUCAGUUUCACUCUUGUUUGCAGACGCAGAUCGAUUAGCCCAAACACGUCCCUAACAGACUUCCAAGUCAGAAGCGUUACAGCUUUAUUUUGGAUAGUUCUGGUUUACUAUUGGUGUGUUUCUGGGCUCCGAGACAGCUAACUCACCUUGUGGAGAGGAAUUCAAGUAAAAUCCACACGUUAUGAAGAAAAUGAGCUACUUCUUCCCACUGCUUUGCAUUUGCGUGGAUGUGUGCUCAGUGCACGCCAUUCGCCUGGCCCAGCUCUCACCUCUCCUCCUCACCCAUCCUUUCAUCACCCUGUGGGGGGGAGCUCUGACCAGGGCAUUCGUCCUGGUUGUUCUCGCCUUCACUUAUCCUGGAGGCCUCCCGUGGAUGAAAAGCUUUGAGGGGCUUCAAAGCAUAGGCAUCCUUUGCUUCCACUUCCCAGUGUACACCACUCUCCUCUGGCAGCUGGGCCAAUCCACUGUGGGGGAACUGUGGGGAUGGCACUCCUGGGAACGGGUGUUACAGGGUUAUGCUGUGACAGCAGUGGCGUGGCUCUACUGGAGUCGAUACCUCUCACCCUUUAUGACUAGGGGUCCAACUAAGAAGAAAGAAAAAACUGGACCGGACAGUAGAGCCUCUCUGAAGAAACUGAUGGGAUACAUGCUGCCAUAUACGCCGCGCUUCAUUGUGGUGUUGGCUUUAGUUGUUCUCUCAUCUUAUGGUGAGAUGGCUAUUCCCCAGUACACUGGUCGUAUGGCAGACUGGAUCAUAAAUGAAGAAGCACCCGAUGCGUUCUCCCAGGCCAUCACAAUCAUGACACUAUUGACUUUCGCCAGUGCUGUGUUUGAGUUUAUGUGCGACCUGACCUACAACGUCACAAUGAGCCUCAUUCACACCUCAGUGCAGGGAGCCGUUUUCCAGGCUGUGCUCAGACAGGAGAUCGCUUUCUUUGAUGCCACUUCCACAGGUGAGCUUGUGUCCCGUAUUACCACGGACACCAACGACAUGAGCGAGGCGCUGAGCGAGAAGCUGAGUCUUCUGAUGUGGUACGCGGCGCGUUUCGCCUUCCUGCUGUUCUUCAUGGUGAGCCAGUCGUGGAAAAUGACCCUGCUCACCUGUAUGGGACUUCCCAUCAUCUGGGUCAUCCCUAAGCUCACUGGACAUUUCCACCAGACUAUUGCUGUGAAGGUACAGGACUCCCUGGCAAAGGCCAACCAGGUGGCCACAGAGACCUUCUCCAACAUGAAGACAGUGAGGAGUUUUGCCAAUGAGGAUGGUGAGACAGAGAAGUACAGGCAGCGGCUGGACGAAACGUACUCUCUCAAUAAGCAGGAGGCGGUAGCUUAUGCAGCUUCUACCUGGGCCAACAGUAUGACCACUUUGGCCUUGAAGGUGUGUAUUUUGUACUACGGUGGGACCUUGGUGACCCGGGGAGCCGUAAGCAGUGGAGACCUGGUCUCAUUUGUUCUCUACGAGCUACAGUUUGCUUCUGCUGUUGAGGCUGUCAUGCGCUACUACCCAGAAGUAAAAAAAGCAAUUGGCGCCUCUCAGAAGAUUUUUGAAUAUCUUGAUAGGAAACCUGCUAUACCUCCUCCUGGCAGUUUGGCUCCUGAGAACUUAAAAGGACAUGUUCAGUUUAAAAAUGUUCAGUUUUCCUAUUCUGUAAAGACAGAUGACAACAGUCUUGUACUUAAGGAUGUGUCUCUGGAGGUAAUGCCGGGCCGAAUCACUGCACUCGUGGGACUUAACAGAUCAGGGAAGACAACCUGUAUCAAGCUACUUGAAAGGUUUUACCAGCCCCAGUCUGGAGAAAUCCUGCUGGAUGGGAAACCACUGCAAAACUACAAAGACCAGUACCUACAUGACAAGAUGGCUGUGGUGAGCCAGGACUGCGUGUUGUUUGCUCGCUCUGUCCGUGAGAACAUCAAGUACGGCUGCGAGGAGGCCUCAGACGAGGACAUGUACAGAGCUGCCGAACAAGCUAGUGCCCACAAGUUCAUCUUGGAGCUUUCAAAAGGAUACGACACAGAUGCUGGGGAGAAGGGAGGUCAAGUGUCUGGAGGUCAAAAGCAACGCAUUGCCAUCGCCAGGGCUUUAAUCCGAAAUCCCAAAAUCCUGAUCCUGGACAAUGCCACCAGUGAUUUGGACACAGAGAAUGAAUACCAGGUCCGUGAAGCUCUGGCGAAACUGGCAGAGAACUGCUCUGUGUUGAUGAUUUCCAACAAGAUGAGUGUCGCAAAGACAGCCAGUCAUAUCAUUGUCCUUAACAACGGGACAGUGGAGGAGGAGGGCAGUCAUGAUGUACUAAUGGAGAAAGGUGGCCUUUAUGCAGAAAUGGUAAAGAAACAGGAAGAGGGCUUCAAACGUCCAAAAGACGAGAGCAGUGACGAGCAGUGACCCGUCUGAGUGGUUGUAAAAUGACCACAAGUCGGAUAGUUAUUUUGUGUUUGGGUGAAAGCUCAAGCCAAACCUUUAUUGGUAUGAAUAGUCCCAAUAGGAGACCACAGUUUUUGCUGCAAAUGUUUUCUUGAGUUUGACCCAAUAGCACAAUUGCACCUUAGAAGCAAGGAAAACUACACCUCUGAUGAAAGGUUUUGCAUUCCCCACAUCUUACCUGAAAAACAUAAAAAAUCUGUGUAUUUAUUAUUAUUGUCAUGUGGUCAAGUUCUACAUCGUGUUGCACAGCUAUUUAUGGUGUAAAAAACACACAUAUUGUGUCCUAAAAUGUUCUUUGUCAAACGUAUUUAUUUUAUACAGAACAGAAAGACGCCAAUGACAAGAAAUAGUCUGUUAAUUUAAUCAGAAUAAAACACACCAGGCUUUUAUUUAUACUGUUAAAUAGAAACGGCACAAGAAAAGUACAGUCAAAUUCAGUUUAUUAUUCAAAUUGGUUAAAAUGUUUUCAGAGGAAACCCAGCAGAUUACAUCAACUAAGUGACUUGCAGCAUUCAUUCCUGGAAGAGCAUGAAGCGACAGUUGGCAGUCGCUCAUGCUUCAGCAAUCCCUCAUAUUGAGCAUGCAUGUAGCGACAGUGGAAAGGAAAACUCCCCUUUAACAGGAGGAAGUCAUACCUGAUCUGCUGUCUUUUCCUCAGCAACGCUGCUGCCAGCAUGCAGUGGGUCAGGACACGCAGAGCACAUCGUCAUUGUCAGCUUGCAGCAUGUAGAACAGAACUUCUUGAAUCCUUUGUUGAGUGAGGUACUGUUGACACACUGAUUUUGCAGUUGUAAUAACUGCACAAAUAUGCAAAACAGAAAUGCAGCAAGCAUUACUUCCAUGGUAGUUUUCCUCCAUUUCUCGGUCUUUGCUCUGUCCCGCCAUAGUCAUUUCUGUCCAAUGGGAGCAACAAUUGUCACACAUGCUUUGAUCACAAGUUAAAGUUCACUUGCAAAAAGCACAAUGUGUAAGCGAAUCGCACUAUACGUCAAAAAUAAAGUCCGCUUUAGUUCCAGACCACACAAGUGGACCGAAGGACUUUCCUGGUAUGAUUACACCUUUAAAGGCAGUGCACACCAGCAGCACAGGUUGUGCAUCAAAGAGUAUGCCCCUAAAUUUUUCUGUUGACCCACACCAGCAGCAGCCAACUCUCCAAGGCAUGGUCCCCAGCGAUCCUUUUUGAACCUGUUCUAUUCAGAAGUCUGGACACUGUCCACAGCUGAAGUCCAGCGAACCUUUCAUUCUUUGCACACUUGAGCAUGACUGAUCCAGUGUGUGUUAGAGGGAACAACUGACAUGUUUCAGUCUCAACCAGUAAGCUUGCUUACUCUGUCGGCUUACGUUUGCUUUGCUAUUUCAAUUUUUGGGUUUGUAAUCAUCAAAAUACUAAGAUACUUUUGACAACAUCUUAACCAGUUUUUAAAAAUGUGAAUUAUUAAGAUCAGGUUUUUUUUAUAUAUAUAAAGGAAAGUAAAAAAUUCAUACUGCAUGGAAUGCAAAAGAAAACCAAACAUGAUUAUGUUCAUCCCUGUAAUGCUGCUACAACUAAAAUAUAACCCCAGUUUUUAUCAUCCUCACAAACAGAUGAGGUCUCAUUUGCCUGCCUUUCUUGGGUCAGACUUAUGUGGACAGUUUUUUUUCUAUAUUUCACAUUGAGGUCUAGAAAGUUUGCAAACUUUUAAAAUGUUUAAAGGGUUUUUUGGACUGGUUACACGGCACAGUAAUAUAUACAACAUGUAUAACAGUGCAAACCUAUUAAUUUUACAUACAUCAGCUUCAGAGACUCCAGAAAAACCCAUACAGUAAUAAAGAAACAAUGAAAUGAUUUUUGUUGCUUUUUAUUCAUAUAAAAAUCAAAACAUGGCUUUCAUGAAUCAGCUCUAAUCAUUACAAUGGACAUAGUUCCCUAAAGCUGACCAGCAAUGCUGAAAUGUUACUAAUCAGGAACAUUAUCUGAGCAAUAAUCUUUCACUUGUAGGUCUACUUCAAGGCUAAGUUGAAACUCUGGGUUAUAUUAUUAUCUUUCUUUCGAACAUGUUAGUAAUUGUUUUUCUUUGGUCUUGUUGCUUUUCAAAAUCCUGCUUUAAAAUCACCCCACAGCCACUUAAGUGGGAAAGAGUCUUUAGGGACCUUUAUAAAUACUUUUAUAUAUGAAGACAAUAACAAAUACAGUACAACACAAAACCAGAAAAUUCCUGAUAAAAGAAUAAAAGGUGCUAAAAAGGAAUUUUAAAAACGUCCAGCGUAUAUUUGUUGCUAUAAGAAAUGUUGAAUACUCCAGCUGGUUACAAAACAGAUGUAAAAGAGCUCAUUUUGCUCAGUUUUUCUGUGGAUUUUAUUUUGUGAUAAAGGAUUUGGUUUGUGCAUAAUCUCUACAUGUUUUUUAUUUUUUUUCUGUGCUUUUCUUUUUGCAAAUUUUUAAAUGGCUUUAUUAUAAAAUUAUUUUGUUGGGUUCAACAGAUGAAUAACAAUAAACAAUUGUUAAAUUGG